GAAUCAGGUAGAUCACAUAGUACUAACAUUCAAAAUGUCGCUCGGUUUUGAUAAACCUGAUGUGCUUAGUUGCGAAAAAUGUGGCGACUAUCUAGAUGAUGGCGCCCAUUUUUCAUAUAAAGUCAACACAAGGAUGUACCUCUGUAACUCAUGUACCAAGGGUGUUAAAGUUGCAGAUUUUCCUUGUUCUUCUGAUCAAAAGGACCGAUAUUGCGACGAUCACAGUGAAAGGGUAAUGCUCUUCUGCAACACAUGCAAGCGAGAGAUAUGUAUGAUGUGUGGAUUAACAUCACAUUCAUCACACGAGAAAGAGGAGCUCGAGAAAGUCAGGAAAAGACGCCAACAAGAAGUCGAGGAACAGAUGAAAGCUAUCAAGAUCAGAGAAAAAGAAUGGCUGCAAUUCCAAACGUUCUUUGAUCAGCGUUGUGGGGGAAUUGAACAACAUUUACAUACCGUCGAGCGACUGGUUGAAAACUCAGCAGAAGAGUGUGAGAACGAAGUAGACAAUGCCCGUCAGCUUGAGGAACAAAGAAUAAGGAAUGAUGCACGAGAAAGAAUACAAGAAAUUGAGAGGAUGAUGGAAUCGAAAAUUAAUUGCAACAAUAUCGAUGCAAGUAAUAACAUGAAACGUAUUCAAGACGCCAGAAUCACUAUCUUCAACAAAGUGUCAAAUUUGCGACAGAUCAGUGAGAAAAAUAUGUCAAGGAUGACUGGUGAGAUUAGUGAAAAGACUUCUUUGAUUCAUGCUGCUCUGCAUGAUCACUCAGUGGCCAAGGGUAAGGCAGCAUCUGCAUCGGUCGCUGAAAGUAAAACAAAGGAUUUGGCAUCUGCUCAGAGCAUCCCAUCUCCGACCGUGAUGAAGGAUGCAUUCGAACUGCUCAGCUCUUAUGCAAAUCAAAUAGUAUGGGUAUACAACAGAAGAGAGAAGCUGGGUGAGAGUAAUCUCGUUUCUGACAUUUGGACAUUGAGUCAGGAACACACCCUGAACCACGACACGUUACUAUGCUCCUCCUUUGGAAGUGAUACAGUAAUUUACAUCGAUGUGACAACGGAGUGCGUCCAUACGUUGGAUCUGAACAAUGGCCAAUCACGACCCAUAUCCCAAGGAGCGCGUAACUACAGGGAUUGUGUCUCGACUGAGAAACUUGUAUUAGCAUGUGAAAACGUAAAGGUAGGGUUGCAAUAUGAGACACACCUCUCACAACUUAAUCUACAAGGGGAAUCAUCAACCAAGACAACCUUAGUGUUGGAUCACAAGACAGAUCAUCCUAAUGCAGUCUACGCAGCAGUGAAUAAGAAAGGCGUCAUUAUGGUUGCUUUUGAUGGUUCCAACAGUAUCGUCAAAGUCAAAGACUUUUUAGACCCAUCUGGGACUGACCUAAGGCAAGGAUUAAAAGGAAAGACGAUCGAAAUAAAGGGUAAGAAGAUUAGAGGUAUGCUACACGCAACAUCUGGCGAGAAGUUCGUCGUUGCCACUGGCCAAGCAGAAUUCAGUGUAAUCAACGAAUACGGUACAGUAGAUGCUACAAUCUGCGACAAGGAAUGGGGCUUUGCUCUUUGUGGAACCGACCCACUUGAAGACAUCCUGUAUGUGAGCUACCAGUCAGAAGGAAGCGAGUUCGUAAGAAUCGAUGAGGUUACGCUGAAUGGGACCAUCAGAAGGAGAGGUGUUGUGGAAUACAAAGCAAACGGAAUGUUUUCCGAACCAAUUGUGACCAAAGGCAACCUACUCGCGAUCCGCAACGGCUGCGACAUCCGAGUCUACAAGAAGACACCACUCACGACAGUCUUGUCUUCCAUCGAUAGAUCACUAUCAUUCUAGUCUGCAGGCACAGAGUGGGUCUCCACGCAAAGACUAGCACGUACGAAUCUUGCUGAGCGAGAGUGCCUUCAGUACAAAAGACAUGAAUAGGCUGCACUUUCAGACCCUUAACUCGAACGAAGAGUUUGCAGAGCAGACUACUACAAAUCCCCGUCUGUUGAUUUGUCAAGUAUUUUUUUGGUUGCUUUUUCGCCUUUAUUCAGAUAAUAGUAUUACAUUUACUUAUACAUGGUGACAUAUUUUUUGGUACAAUUAUGGAUGAAUAUUAUCAUAAUCCACAGAUAAAAUAAGAAAACAUUUUCCCUUGUAUUUUUCUCGUUUGGUAUAUUAUAUGCAAAUAUCAAAACAUAAGAUUUUUUUCAAAGUUUUGUUGGAGUUUUCUUGAUGAUCAUAUUGCCAUCUUAACUGAAUGUUUGAACAUGGACCUACUAGCAAACCAACAAUCCCUUAUUUCCUCGGUUGAUUCCAUGGCAUUUGCUCCUUCGACAAUUGCUCCGAUGAAAUUCGAACCUCCAAAACUAAAUAAGCCGUAAUCCUUAUGUUAACAUUAAUCUGAACCUAAAACCCUAUUACGACCCUACCUCUAAAAUGUCUAACCAUUUGUCCUCUGAGAUAUUAAGACAGGACUCACAGGAGUAAAUGUCGCAAGAGCAAAUGUCGUGUCAAUCCACGGUUAAUGGGCACUAUACGGACAUUCAACUCGCUUGCUCCCUUUUGAUAUAAUAUUGAUUGAUUGAUUGAAUUUAUUUUCAUAUUUCACAAAGUAAGUAACAAAAUAUCAACACAAUACAAGACAAUACAUUUGAUUAUAAUAAUUCAGAAUGCAGUGUGGCAAAAUAAUUUAGUGAUAGCACAUAGUGAUAUUAAUAAAAUAAGUGGUAAAAAUGGAGGAACUUGCAUAAUAAGCAGAGCUUGUAAGUCUGCAGGUUCUUUCAAAAUAUUAAGAAAAAAACAAGGAUAUGGGACACACACACAAAUCAGACUACAUUGGAAGAGCCAAAGAUAAGGGGGAAAGAAAUAAAAUUAUUGUGUGGUAUAGAAUGAUAUUUAGUUCAGCCAUUUCAUCUUAACUGAGUCUAUAGCUGGUCAAAAGAAAGGAUAUUUAUUCAAUUCGAUAUGAUGAUAUGUGCUAUACAUGCACAAUUUUGUACGUUAAAUGUGUAAUGAGGUUUAUGCUUAAUUAGUCUGCACAGGCUAUACGCCAUUCGUCAAUACCGCCGGCUUUUUUUAAGGAUCGUUUUCUCCGCUUCCUAAUUUUUGCACGUAUGCGAAGAGUAAAUGAUGUUUGUGGAUAUUUUUGGUUUUUAGGUAAUUUUAUGACGUACACGCAUGCAUUCCAAUUAUCAUUAUGGAUUUAAUAUUGAUGAAGUACAUUGUGCACAUUCGUUUUGUUAGUUUUACAGAUUCCCAAAUGCAUGUUUUCUUCACUCCUGAUGCAGGGAGUUCUGUUAAUAAUUUAGCGUUCUGUGUUCGUGUCAUAUUCAUAAUAUUCAUUUGGGUAGUUCUUGAGCAUUAAUGCAUGUGUACUUUUGUCUAUUUUUCUUUUUGUAAGUUGAUAUUCUUUGGUUGAACUAUGUUUGUACAUUCUAUGUUUCGUCGCAUAGUUAAAUACUGUCUAAAAAGCGUUCUUAAUCUACAUAGGCCCUAAGAAAGUUUUUUUUUCAUACUUAUUUGUUCUUUUCCUCGCCCCGAAUGAAUGAUUGCCUUAAUAAAUGUUUCAAUGUUCCAUUUAACAAUUUCAUGCAGAGCCUGCAUUUUAAGCAAAUUAAAAUCACAUUAAGAAACCAUGCUAAUUACAUAAACAUUUGCAUGUAUGUUGAAUGCACCUUCCCUUUUCGUUCCAUGUGAUCAUUCACUCAGUUGAAUCAAAUUCAGUCGAGAGAAACUGUUAAGGAACACAAUUUGAUUAAGCAAAAAUAAUUUUUUCUUUACAGUGUUGUAUCCGUAUAUACGGGAGUUUUUGCAAUCAAUACGCAGACGCUUUCUACAACGCACCAAUUCCUUUGAAAAUGCAAGUCAGAUCACAAUGGACAGCUGAGAGGUUUUUGUCAAAAGAUGGUGCACUGGGACAGCAGAUUCAGAUUGGACGAAAAAAUGUCAAAUUAUUUCUUGUGUCUAGAGUCCAGAACGACACUACUGUUUUGAUUCAACAAUUUUUCGACAAAGGCUGUUUUUUUUCAUUGAAGGGCUUUUGACAAAAAAUUUUCUGCGUUAUAGAAAGCGCCUAUGUAGUGAUUACAAAAAUGCCCUGUUGAUAAUAUUGGCAAUUAAGACAUUGCACGGUGUUACUGCUAUCAUUAAAAUAAUAAAGAAGAUUAGAAAGUAAUUUCAA